AUGGCAAAUCUUUCAUUUCAUUUCACUAUCCCCUUUCUCUUGUUUUCCCUACUUUGUUUUCAUUUCACUUUAUGCUUCACCAAUUUAACUACAUAUGAUGAAUUGGCACUACUUGCCUUGAAGUUUUCUGUUAAGGACCCUUACAAUUACUUGGUUAAUUGGUCCAACUCUUCUUCCAUUUGCAAUUGGGUUGGGGUUAUGUGUGAUGCUCACCAUGAGAAAGUAAUAGCUUUGAAUCUUGGUGAGAUGGGUCUCAAGGGAACUUUGCCCUCAAAAAUUGGGAAUUUGUCUUUCUUGGUUGAACUUGACCUUCAUAGUAACAACCUUUAUGGUGAGUUGCCAAAAGAGUUGAUCCAAUUACACAAGCUACAAAUUCUCAACUUGAGCUACAAUGAAUUCAAGGGAGAAAUUCCAACUUGGAUUGGAAGCUUAUUCAUGCUUCAACACUUCCAUCUCUGUAACAAUAGUUUUGGAGGUGUUAUUCCUAAGAGCAUAUCCAAUUUGUCAAAGUUAGAGACUUUGAACUGGAAUGAUAACUUUAUUGAAGGAUUCAUUCCAUUUGAGAUUGGAAAACUUCAAUGUUUGAAGAUUUUACGGAUUGCGGUAAACAAGCUUUCAGGAAGAAUACCUCCAACCAUUUCCAACUUAUUCUCACAUGAGUUGUUGUCUUUGUCUUGCAGCUUUUUAACAGGAGAUAUUCCGAAUGAGAUUGCCAAUCUUACAAAUCUUAAAAUUAUGUACUUGGGUCGAAAUCAACUCAUUGGCUACAUACCUAGAAGCAUUGGAAGUUCGGUUUCGCUUCAGGAAUUACAGCUUGGUUCCAAUAAUUUACAAGGUGAUAUACCAGAAGAUAUUGGACAAUUGGACAUGCUUCAAGUGCUAGGUCUUGAACGUAAUAAUUUACAAGGAUGGUGCAGCUCCUUAAUUAGAGUUUUUGGUAAAGUCGCUUCACAGACACAGCAUGUCUUAGACCCACAUACCUCUAGCGCGUGGAUUGAACUGGAGUUUGUAGCCCACAGAGUUGAGAUGAGAUAUGGCUUGGUUGAACGGCAGAGUCGUAGGAAAAGAGGGACGAAGGUGAACAUGGAGGAAAAUGCAAUGGUGAUGACUACAUUGACCAAGAAUGCAAGAUGCUAG